AGACCUGUAGCCCGGCAGGAGCUUUCGCUCGGCUGGGUCCCAGCUUCCCGCCCAGGAGUCCCUGGUCCCUCCCCCGAGGUCGGCGGCCACUCCUCCAGAGCCAUGCUGCCCGCCCCGGGGGCUCCAGGACCUUCCCGGGAGUCCCCGGCGUCCGGGCCCGGAGUCUCGACGCCCGCGGGGCCUUCGCCGGCGGCCCCGCACGGCUCGCAGCCGUCGUCCUCGCCGGCCUGCCGGCUCUCCGCGCGGCCGCGGGCCGCGAGCCCGGGGGCUGACGGAUCGCCGCUGCGCCAGGCCGGGCGGGGCGGGAUGGCGGCCGCCGGCUUUCUGGCGGCCGGCCUGGCCCGGGUGCUCUUCUACCCGACGCUGCUCUACACGCUGUUCCGCGGGAAGACGUCGGGCCGGGCGCACCGCGACUGGUACCACCGCAUCGACCCCACGGUGCUGCUGGGCGCGCUGCCGCUGCGGAGCAUGACGCGCAAGCUCGUCCAGGACGAAAACGUGCGCGGGGUGAUCACCAUGAACGAGGAGUAUGAGACCCGGUUCCUGUGCAACUCCUCACAGGAGUGGAAGAGAGUAGGGGUCGAGCAACUGCGGCUCAGCACAGUAGACAUGACUGGGAUCCCCACCUUGGCUAACCUCCAGAAAGGAGUCCAGUUUGCUCUCAAGUACCAGUCGCUGGGCCAGUGCGUCUAUGUGCAUUGUAAGGCGGGGCGCUCCAGAAGUGCCACUAUGGUAGCAGCAUAUCUGAUUCAGGUGCACAACUGGACUCCAGAGGAAGCUAUAACAGUCAUCGCCAAGAUCCGGUCACACAUCUAUAUCAGACCUGGCCACUUGAAAGUUCUUAAAGAGUUCUAUAAGAUAAAUGCAGGGGCAGCAAAGGAUGAGACUGGUCAUACAUCAAAGACUUGAAGUACAUGGAUUAGAAAGAACUUAAGCCAACUCUGCUUGAUACGGAGUAAAAAAGUUUAAUAAGACCAAAGGGGCCUAAGCCCAGACUUGACAUAACGGAAAUGUGCUAAGUAAUGGAUAAUUUUGCUUCCUUUGUCUUAUUUCAUUUUCCUGGAAUAACACUGUUGCAUGGUUAGAGAGGAAGAGAUUUAGUGUGGCUUGCUUGCAUUCAUGGGAUACGGGAUAGGGACGGGGGUCAAAGAAAUACUAAAUUCAACAAAAAUCUAUGGUGUACCUACUAUUAUGCCCAAUGAUAUUUAGUACCAUAGCUCAAAGAUAUUUAACACUAGAAAAGAAAAGAGAAAUACUCA